AAUUACAUUGUAGAGAACAUUUGACCAAUUUAUUGUGCACGGAAAUAGUUCAACUUGAAUGUGUUAUGCAAUUCCAAGUCUGAACUAGCAAUAAAGCAUUUAUCGGCGAGCUAAAACAUGCAAUGAAUUAUUAGCUGGAGAAGGUAGCAAUUAGCAGGUGUUUCUCGAAAAGCCGCCCCUUCUAGACGACGACACGCUGCUGAUGACGACUGAUAUCAAUCAUCGGAAUGCCCGCCGUCGAUGAGGGCAUCGAGCUGACCCCGAAGGGUCAGCAGCCACUGCUCAAUUUUGUUCCGUCGACGGUCCGUUUUCAGAACAUUUGCUACAAUGUUGAUGGCAAGGACAUCCUGACCAACGUUUCCGGACGUUUCAAGCAUGGCCGGUUGGUGGCCCUGAUGGGGCCAUCCGGAGCGGGGAAAUCGUCCCUGUUGAACGUGUUGGCUGGGGUUGGGAUGGUGGGGUUGAGUGGGGAGGUUACCAUCAAUGGAGAGCCCGUCGAAGAGAAUGAUCCGAGGAGUGUGUACGUGGAGCAGGAUUGUCCACUGUUGAGUUACUUGACGGUACGGGGGACGAUGACGUACGCUGUGGAUAUGAAAAUGAGCAGGAGGACGUCGAGGAAGGAGAAGAGGAAUAAGAUCAAAGAAAUCCUCUCCCUGCUCGGCCUGGACACGUGCGCCCGCACUCUGGUCAAGAACAUUUCCGGCGGCGAGCAGAAACGCCUCUCGGUGGCCGUCGAACUCAUCACCAACCCAGCGGUAAUGCUCCUGGAUGAACCCACCAGUGGUCUGGACAGUGCCUCCUCAAUGCAACUUGUGUCUCACCUGAAGUCCCUCGCGAUGGGAGGUCGCACGAUCGUUUGUACGAUCCACCAACCGGCGUCCAGCUUGUUCCAGCUGUUUGACGACGUGUUCUUGCUGGUGAAGGGACGGUGCUUGUACUCUGGGCCAGUUGAAGGGAUGAUCGGAACGCUGGAGGAGGGAGGUUUCCGAUGUCCGGAGUACUACAACCCGGCGGAUUUCGCGAUCGAGGUGCUGCUGGAUGCAGAUGUAGAGGCUAAAGAGGCGAUGAUCGCGAAGACCUCGGCUGAGAUGCGGGAACUGUUUGAGGCUGGUCCUUCCAGUCCCAGUCUGCAGCGGGGAGAUGGGAUGGUUCGACGGUACCAGGUUCCGUUCUGGUAUCAGUUCUUGGUGUUGCUCAAACGAUCGGCGAUCUCCAGUACCAAAGAUGAGUUCUACUUUAGGAUACGGUUUGGCUUUUACAUCGCGAUAGGACUUGUGUUUGGAGUGGUGCACUACAACAUAGGAAACGACGCUGCCAAAGUGAUCGCGAACAUCGGGUGCUUCUUCCAGCUGUUCAACUUUGUCUACUUUGUCAACUCAAUCGCUGUGAUCAAUUACGCCGAAGAAGCGGACGUCUCGAUCAAGGAGAUUGCCAACAACUGGUACUCCCGUGACGCGUACUUCUUCUCCAAACUGCUCAACGAUCUCCCGAUGCAGAUUCUGUGUCCAACGGUGAUGUUACCGUCCCUCUACUAUCUAACCAACCAACCCCUAGAAUUCAACCGCAUCGCCAUGCUCUGGGUGAUCUUCCUGCUUGGAGGCCUCGUCGGCCAAUGCAUUGGACUGCUGGUCGGGGUCUGCUUCGGACCAAAAACCCGGAACUUCAUCCUCGGCAACACUUGCAUCGUAGCGGUCCUCUUUUCCGGCUACGUGAUCACGUCGUCAAAUCUGGCGUGGUACCUAAAACCACUGUGUUACCUUUCAUUUCAGUGGUACAUGAAUCAGGGCUCACUGUUGGCGCUGUAUGGAUAUGGUAGGGGAAGUCUGAAAUGUGAUCAAGUGUAUUGCUAUCUGAAGAAACCGAGCGUCAUUUUGGAGGAGUUUGACGUGCAAACGGAGCGGAUCGAGGACUGUUUGUGGCCGCUGGUGACGAUGGUGGGAAUUUUGUAUGUGCUGACGUACGUGGCAUUUGUUGUUAGGUUAAGGAGGAUGAAGUAA